AUCAAUGCCGGUUGUUCUUGCCUCGGCACUCAUCUUUCCUUUCGUCCCUUUCUUUUUUUCUAUUUUCUCGCUUACUAUCCUUCCUCUGUUUGUUUUCCUUAUUACAUUUUAUCAACUAAAUUUGGCAUCUUAUAAAUCUACUGUGCUUUCCUCUGUAUGCUUAUAUCGCUAAUGGUCGUGUUCAUCAAACAGCUGUGAAUGCUUACGGUAAUUCUUGUAAGUACUUUCGAGUGUAAAAAUAAAGAAAGCGAAAUUUAAAAAACAAAUUUCCAACCUUACGAAGAAUUGUAUACUAAGAAAAUAUUUUAUAAACAUUAUGUAAUCAAGGGAGAGGAGGUUGCAAAUUAUGACAUUUGAUUAUUUAAAGGGAUCGAGGGUCAAGAUGGCCAAAAAUUUGAUUACGUAAUACUUGAACAGUCUCUAGGAACGGUGAAAAUAUUAUGUAAGCAAAGUUUGGGAAGGGGAUGUUGCGGAAUAAUGGGAUUUUGAUUAUGUGGGAAGGGACAGGUCACUGAAAGAUGAUGUUAGCUUAGGGAAGUUUUCAGGUUAGUACAGAAUGAAAUAUGAGAGAAUGUUUUUGGUUGAACAAGCUGAAGCAUUAAAUGUUGCUUGUCUUCUUUAUUAGUUGGCGAUAUAACCAGUUCCAUGGACAACAUGGAUGGAAGUAUUGGAUAGAGAGAAGGUUGCGAUGAAGGGUGAUGAGUGGGGAACAGCGGAGUAGCGUUUUUUGAUUCGGAGUCGAGCUCGGGAAAAGAGAAACAGUUUUCGUUUUGGUUGCAACUCCGAUCCUGAAAAAAGUGUUUUUUUUUGUGUUCGGUUUGCGACACCCACUCGGAGAAGUGAUUUUUUCGGCUUCCGAUUCCUACUCCGAACAAUUCCGAAUUGUUUUUGUAGUCUAGCAAGAUGUGAUUCAUAUCAAUUCUUGAUAUAUUGAAGGGAGAAAAAAGUAAGCGAUUUAGUAAGAAAUUAACAGCGUAUUUGUAUAUUGAAAAAAUAAACAACAUUAUAUUGAAUUUUUAUAUUGAAACAACAAACGACAUUAUGAGGAAAAAGGUUUUAACAGUAAAGGAACUUGAAAAAUUAAUAAGAGCUCGUGAUCCAUCAAUAAAAUUCAUUGAGUGGAAAAAACAUUAAUUUCAAGAGGUUUGUGGAAUUGUUUUGAUUAUAUUAUUGUAAAUGUUGAUCGGCAACAAUUUGUAUGUUGCAAUGCAUGCAAAGGGCUAUUGCGAUAUUCAUCGUUAAAUGGUACUAAUAAUUUACGUACACACGUUAAAUCGUGUCCAAAGAAAGAGAAAUCAAGUUUUGCUUAUCAAAAAAGCUGUUCACGACUUUUAUUCUUCUUUAAAGCCAUCGCCAAUUCCAAGAAAAAUUAAAUUUUCUACUACAGAAGCUUGCAUAGGGUUUUUGCGCUCUUGGUACACGUACAUUUGAUGUUGUGAAAGGUGAUGGAUUUAAAAAUUUAGCAAAAACUUCUUUUGGUGUUGGUCGAGGCAGCAAUACAUCAUCAAUUGAAAUAACAGAUCUUCUUCCACACCCGACCACCAUCAGCAGGAAUAUUACUCGACUUCAUGAAGAAUAUAAGAUGCAGUUAAUUGAUAUUUGUGAACAAUUAACAUGUUUUUGUUUGAUAGCCGAUCAAUGCACUGAAGCUCAUACCGGUAUUAGUUACUGUGGCAUAGCUUUACGAUACGUUGGAGAAUAUUCUCAAUUAUUUACGUUCCUCAUUGGUUGUUUUCCAUACAAUGCAGCUAGUCAUUCAGCACAACAUCUUCGAAAAUUUGUUAAUAAAAUAUUAGAAGAAUAUAAACUACAACUGGAUUCAACAAAAUUUGUUGUUACAGGUAAUGAGUUAAAAAUAUUGCCAGCAUUUCUGGAACAAUGUUCUCGCGUUGGUUGUGCUGAUCACUAUUUGAAUAAACAGUUACAACAUGCUUUUCAAUCAGAUCAAAUUCAUUUAAAUAAAAAUACAAUUGAAAAAGUUAAUUGUGAAUUAGUUCAAAAUAUUUUUAAUCAAGUUAAAAAAGUGGUUUCUUCUGUGAGACAUUUACAUCAACAACAAAAAUUAUCUCAAAAAUUACAAACGUAUUCUGAAAUUCGUUUUAGUGGUGUUAUAAUUAUGCUCGAUAUUUUUCGAGAGCUUGCACAGGGUUUUUGCGCUCUUGGUACACGUGCAUUUGAUGUUGUGAAAGGUGAUGGAUUUAAAAAUUUAGCAAAAACUUUAUUUGGUGUUGGUCGAGGCAGCAAUACAUCAUCAAUUGAAAUAACAGCUCUUCUUCCACACCCGACCACCAUCAGCAGGAAUAUUACUCGACUUUAUGAAGAAUAUAAGAUUCAGUUAAUUGAUAUUUGUGAACAAUUAACAAGUUUUUGUUUGAUAGUCGAUCAGUGCACUGAAGCUCAUACCGCAUGUCGAAUAAAAAAUGUUUGGCAUAUAACUGAUCACCAUCGUUUAUCAACUAUUCUUCAUCCAAAAUUGAAAAAUUUUGACUGCUGUAUUGAUGAAAAAGAAAAAUUAAUCAAUGUAUUAAAACAAGAAUUUGAAAAACAUCAAUUAAUUGAUUCUUCGUCGUGCACAAAUACAUUACAUUUAACACAAUCCAAUGUACAAUCUUCUUCACCAGCAUCAACAACUAGUACAACACCAAAACGAAAGAACUUAUACGUCACAAUAUUUUGA